AUGGUGGCCACGCCACGGAGGUCGCCACGCCAGCCCAUUCUUACGCGUGUCUCGCCGUACCCAUUGCGAAGCCGCACCCCGACGCCAGGCAGCUCUCCGUCGACCUCGCAGCCCACAGUGGCUCCACGCGCAUCUCCAUCGCAAACAGACGUCAGUGGUCAAGGAACACGACCACUACAAGCGACCCCAGCAGUGCUUCGGCCGCAGCAGCUUCCAGCGACACGAGCACCGGCAGCACCCGCUACUGCUUCUCCUGCACGAUCCGUUGGUCUGUUGGCGGCACCUCCAGCAGCACCAGCUACAUCGCGAGUGGUCACGUCGCUGCCACGACCUGAGAGCAUGCACGAAGCAACAACAGAAGCAGACCAAGCAGCUCCAAGUCAUCUGUACCAGUUGCUAUUGCGGCCAAUCGUGAAGGCGACCAUCGCCCAACGCGAUACGUCGGCCGAGACUCUCGACGACGUCGUUGUCAACGGCGGAUCGUUCGACGAGAUCCUGCAGAAGAUCUGGAGCUUGUUCAGCGGCCGUGUCAAGUGCAGAGCGGUGCUGACGGACGGCGAGUGGUUUGUCGAGACCCACGAGGUGGACGAGUGGGACCGUGUCAUGCAGUUCAGGGCCAAAAAGAAGGUAGUGGAGUCUACCAAGUCAGCACAAGCGUGGAAGCAGUGGCUGCAAAAAAUGCGAGGGCAUACAGUGACGCUCGUUAUCUACGAGUAUGGUUUGUCGAUCGCAAGAGCUCAAGAUCGAGAUGAAUUCGUCGCAGCCUGCAUACAGCCUGAGGAGACCGAUCGUGAAGGUGUUGUUUGGCGUCUGUGGGCCAACUAUCUCACGCGGAAUCUCAACAGGUCAACGUGGGACGCCGCUAUUCAACAACCACCACCAGAGUAUAUCGCGAAUCUGCUUCGACUCGUGGAUACACAGAUGGAGCAACACGUGGCCGAAGUCACUCGAACGGCAAAUGUGGCGCUAGAUGUUGUGGAGGCCACAAUUGCUGACUACCGGCAGCUGCGCCAAAGGUGGGAAUUUCUCGGACAGUAUCUCGAUGAAAAUGAGCGCGGUUUGGAGGUGCGCAAGAGUGUUAUCAUGGGGUUUCUGCGCGACAUCACCCCUCCUGCUUGCGACGAAGUGAUCGACCCUCUCCUUCAAAUGGAGAACGUCGAAGACACAGAGCACGCCGAGUGA